AUUCAAUUCAACCUUCUCUACCUCUCUUCCAUUUGGUAGUGAGAAAAUAUCGAAUUCAAUGGCCAUAAAAUUCGUACUCUUUCUCACAAUCGGAGCAAUAGCUUUGCUCUUUCUCCUCUCCCACUCCUCCCAAAACAACCAGCCCCACCACUGCCUCGACCUCCAUUCCGACUGGGAUGGAGAUGACGACUUCAAUCUCACCAACAAUAUCCUGUGCGUCUUUCCAGAAAUCGACGUGGACCCUACUGAUGAGUACGUCUCCGUCAACGAACUUACUCAGUGGAAACUUCAUCAUCUCCAAACUAAGCAAUUCCAUAGCAGCAAGAAGGAGAUGAUCAUUUACGAUAAGAAUCACGACGGUUUUGUCUCUUUCACCGAGUUCCAGUACGGUCUUUCAACUCCACCACAAUAUGCAGGUGGUGAUUCUUUUGGUUAUGAUAUGAGACUGUUGGAAGAAGAGCAUUUUAAUGCAUCUGAUACAGAUGGAGACGGUCGUCUAAACUUACCUGAAUUCCACGAUUUUCUUCACCCGGCUGACAGCAACAACCCAAAGCUUCAACAAUGGUUGUGCAGGGAGGAAGUCUGGGAACGUGAUAUAGACCGAGAUGGGAAGGUCAGUUAUAUGGAAUUUGUCAAUGGUCUCUUUGUUACCAUAAGAUCCUAUGAUGAAGAAAGUUAUGGUUAUACACAUCAUUAUGACGAUUCCAAGAAUGCUUAUGCUGAGUUUAUGUUUUCUCAGCUUGACAAAGACCGUGACGGGUUUUUAUCGGCUAUUGAACUACUACCUAUAAUUGGAAAAGUCCACCCAUCUUGGCGUUAUUAUGCAAGGAAACAGGCAGAGUACUUUGUUUCACAGGCACAAGUUGGAAAAUAUGGGCACCUUAAUUUGAAUGAGAUGAUUGAGAAUGCAGAUAUAUUACAUGCUGCCAUUUUCCGCGAUGAGUUCUUUUAAGUAAGGACAGUUCUAUCCUAACCUACAUUCAAUGAAAAUUUUCGUUACAGUUUGGUGAAGAAGAAAGGGUUUGAAUCAUGGUGAUCUCAACAAGUGUGGCUUCGUGAGUUGGCGGAUUACUAUUGGAAAGUAGUGGGUAAUCGUAGGAAGAAGAUAUUGAGUUGAAUAGCAGAAGCUCCUUGUGUCAGCAAGGAAGAUAAUCGGGAGUCAUACCAAUAAUGGAUCUUCAAUAGGUGUUGCUGGUAAGCGAAGAAUGCUCAUGAAAUCAAAAGAGGAGUUGGUGCUGUGCUAAACUCAUGUUGGGCAAUGAUUAUGAGCAGGUGCAGGUAAUAGGAUUACAAGUCAGCAGCAAGUGAAGUUUUGUUUUAUUGUUAAGUAGACAUCAACUCAGAAACUAGUAGAUCUUGAGCAUUUGUUGUUUUUGUUAUGCUUACUUUUUUUGUCCUUGAUUUAGUGAAUUGUUUGUUUUUAAACUCUUUGUAAUAUCUUUUUGCUCUUUUCUUAGCAUGACUUGUGCUUGGACUAGAGUUUACUAAUGUAUUUCUUUGCAUCUUCAAAACCAUUGGGACUACUAGUACCACUGUUUUCCUUUGCGCUUAUUUGUCAAAGGUGCUAAAAGUUACUUUUUGAUAAAGAGGAUAUCUUAUAAUCUAUCUAUUUAUUUUUGUUCAGUAUAGUUUUGAUAUUUUGUUUUUUACUUUUAAAAUCAAAGUUUGUUUGGUUAAAAUUAGGGUUUUAUACUCCAACUAUUAUUUAGAUUAAUAUUGAUCACUCUUUUGAUCACUAAAGAUCACUAUACAACCCCACUCAUUACUGUUACUAUCGAUCACCAAAAUGAUCACCAUUGCCACCACUUUAUCUAACUAUAAUCACGUAUCUGAUCACAAUUGAUUAUUAUUA